AUGUCGUUGCCUUCGUUUUGCACCUGCUCUGAGUUCUGCCUUGGCACUGGGCGAGGGAGCAGCAGACGAGAGGGAUCAGCAGUGGAGAUGCAGAGCAGACGGUUGCUACAGGCGAGCAGAGGAGACGGCUGCUACAGGCGAGCAGAGCAGACGGCUGGUACAGGCGAGCAGAGCAGACGGGUGGACUGCCAUGAGCGGGCCAGUGAGCUAUUGCUGCCAAGGAGCUGUGAAGGGGAUGAAGCAGCUGCUACCUCCCUCGCGCCUACCUCCCUCCCUACUACCUCUUCCCCACGUGCUGCUGCUGGUGCUGUGAAGUGA